UUCACAGUUUUGGGGCCAGAAUCCUCCCCUCAGUGCCUAUAUAUAGAGAGUGCUCAUCUCACUGCAACACCAUUGGAGAUCUUAUCAAGGCUUUCUAUAUAGGUUCUUUUUGCAAGGUUUUUGUCCUUGUUCUUACACGUUUUCAAACAUGUCGCUCAUUCAUAGCCUAAAAACCAAUGUUUUUGACCCACUUUCGCUGGACAUAUGGGAUCCCUUUGAUGGUUUCUUCAACUUAGCACUCCAAGAUGUGUCUGCUUCGGCUCUGGAGACUUCAGCUAUCAUUAACACAAGAAUUGAUUGGAAGGAAACACCAGAAGCUCACAUUUUCAAAGCUGAUGUCCCCGGACUCAAGAAAGAGGAGGUGAAAGUAGAGGUUGAAGAUGGUAGAAUUCUUCAGAUUAGUGGAGAGAGGAACAAAGAGAAGGAGGAGAAGAAUGAUAAGUGGCAUCGCCUGGAGAGGAGCAGUGGCAAGUUCUUAAGGAGGUUCAGGUUGCCUGAGAAUGCUAAGAUGGAUAAUGUGAAAGCUAGCUUGGAGAAUGGUGUGCUUACUGUAAAAGUUCCCAAGGAAGAGAUAAAGAAUCCUGAGGUGAAGUCCAUUGAGAUAUCUGGCUAACUUUUAGUCCUAAUCUUCAUAUCCCAGCAGCUUCAGCAUGAGUUACCUCAAAUAAAGUGCGUGUGAGAUGUGCUUGUGAUUUUCUUUUAUUUUUUUUUGUAAAAAAGGACUGGUGUGAGCUUCUUUCCAUAAAUAAAGGUUAAGAUUUGGUCAAGAA